AUGCAUCUCAAUCAACUUUUUGUCUAUCUACUCCUCGGGAUCGUCUCUGGUGCUGCUGGUGCACCGGUCAGCAGCAAUGUGAUAGCCUCUUCUGAGUUUACAACAGGCAUCACCCAGAGUUCCAACGUCGAGAGCAGUUCUGAUCCCGAUAUAAGAACCAUCGGCGCUUUAAGCCACCCUACUCAAAUAGUCGUACCGGUUGAUAGUCAUUCGGUGAUGGAAGCUCGUUCAAGGAAUAUCAGCGAAGGCUGGCAUGAGGUGGGUAGUGACGAAGAUGACGACGAGAAGUGGGAAGAGAUACAUCAUCCGGGCCAAGCACCAGGGCACCCUACCAAAUCGACUGCUGCAGCGCAUCCCGAGCCACCAAGAACAGUUGCUAACGUUCCAAAGCAGAAGCCAAAAGCACCCGAACGGAAAAAUUCACUGGUAUCGCUCUUGAGCUAUACCUGGGACGGGAUCAAAACCGGACGAAUAGGCGAUAACGAAGUUUCCCUAAUGGAUACGUUGAUUCAUGAUGAAGCAGUUGACCUUAUUGACCAGGCCGCUAAAUACGAAUGGGGAUUAACGAAUUAUCUCAUAAAUCAUCAGAACCCGUACAUGUACCCAGCCGCCGCCCACCCGGAUACGAUGAACACAACGGAGUUCAAGUUCCUCUUGAAGCUCGAGUACGAUUAUGGAGGAAAAGGAACAAAUUACUGUGAGGGACAGGUGAGGGGUGAGCCCGAGGAUAGAUGCAUAGGGAUCAUCAGAUGGGGCAAAGACGAAUCUGGCAAGAGACGUAUAUCAGAACUCAGAAAUAAGGAUGGGGUUGUUACUCAAAUUCCACCAAUAUAG